AUGGUUGAAAGAACUUGCGAAUCGAUAUCGGUGAACAUCCCAUGGAAGUCUUUGUUUGCUGUCUUCGUAUCCCUCAUUGAAGUGUAUAACAACAGUAUAUACGAUCUACUUCAAGAUGUUUCAGACUUACCAGGAAGGAAUUUAACAACUCGGAUAUUGCGGGAAGAUUCCCAAAGAAAUGUGUAUGUUUAUGGAGGGGUUGAAGUAGAAGUUAAGUCGGCCGACGAGGCUCUUGAUGUGUUAUGUGCAGGUCAAAAACGCCGCCGAAUAGGACAAACGGCAUUGAAUGUUGAGUCCAGUCGAAGCCAUUGUGUUUUUACUAUUCGACUGGUGAGGACGGGUUAUGAUACCAAGUAUGACGAAGCUGUCCAAGAUAAGGAGUCCGUUGUCAUCAGUCAUUUAUGCCUUGUGGACCUCGCUGGUUCCGAACGUACAAGCCGUAGUGGGACGCAGGGGAAUCGCUUGAAGGAAGCAUCCAACAUUAACAAUUCUCUAAUGAAUCUUCGGAAGUGCAUCAAAGCCUUGCGUGAUAUUCAAACUUAUGGAAGUAAAAGUCGGGGAGCCACAACUACUCCUGUUGGACACACACGUGUUGUUCCCUACCGUGAUGCUCGGUUAACAUAUCUUUUUAAGAACUUCUUUGAGGGCGAUGGUCGCGUUGCAAUGCUUGUUUGUAUUCAGCAAGCACCAGAAGAAUACGAGGAAACCAUGCAUGUCCUUAAAUUUGCUGAGACAAGUCAGGAAUUAACAACUUACCGCAAUAUUGUCCAACCAACCCCUUUCCGUGCACCCUACAACCAGAUCCGUCCACGACUACAAACUCCCUUGCGUGUUUCUGACGAUUCUUCAAGUACAACAGAAAAUUCUGUCAUAACUGUUAAUAUUGAUGAUCAAGCUACUCAAAUUUUUGCUGAUUUGGAUUUCUUGGAUCGUGAAGUCACUUCUUGUUUAAACAAAAUGUGUAACGGCGAUAGUUUCAUCGGUUUAAAUCUGGAUUUCGAUAUAACAGACUUUAAUGACUCUGACAUACGCGCCGGUCUUGGUUUACAGGACCAAAAUUCAGAUUUGUCUCCCUAUGAAAGUGAACAAGACUCAGCACCUGAACAAGACAGGUUACCAAGGCCAUUCCUCGAUUUAAAAAUAAUUGACACAAAUCCUUUACGAGCUUUAAUCAAUCGUCGAUUAGAACGUAAGAAGCAGGCUUAUGAUUCUUUGCAAACAUUAUUUCCUAGUCUCCAGGCUCUAUUCAUUGAAUUAUUGAAUAAUGAAAAGAAUAUCAGUCCAGAAGUUGUCACAACAAAUCAACCGAAACCCGGAAGGAAUUUAGUGAGUACAUUAUCCAAACAGUGGGAAUCAAGACUAGCUCAACAACAAGCUGAAGCGAAGAUACUAUCACGUCCUAACAAUAAUAAUACCAAAAGAAUUGACGACACGGUCGCAUUGACUCCUGGUAAACUAAAUGAAAGACGUGCUGCUCCAGCGUUUAAUCCUCGUCACCGUCGGUCUCGAUCAGUCGGUGGGGAUAAUGCACGUUGGUUAGAGCAUCAAGAAGCUAAUAAUACACCUUUAGGCACAAUAUUUACACCAAAUUUGAAACAUCGGAAAUCUGUUACACGUGUUGAACUAAAAGAUACUUUGAAUGCGGAUAACUAUCUUUUACAUCAUCAAGAGGCAGAUUCAGAUGGUAACGUUGAAACAAGUCUUUUUAAAGGUGCCAUUAUUCCUACUGCUGGUGGUGGUUCGGCUGUUGUUUUUAAUGAUGUAGAAGUUUUACGUCAAUCUUCUCCAGGCCGCGAACAAAGGAAAAGUAGUCGCCCCAGAGACACUGAUGCUCAUUUGAAACAAGUUAUAAGCGAAACUUCUCGUCGAUCAGGGAUAAAACGUCGCUAUUCUAAUUCACCGACAAGAAGACCUUCUAAUGAAUCUGUCUCAACACAUAGUUCUCAAAGCACAAUGGCAUCUGACUAUUGUCCUAUGAGUCCAUCUAUAGAAAAAAUCUCAACAGCUUAUAACGAUGCUAAAUGUUAUAUCGGCAUCGACUGUAAUAGAGGAAUGGGCUUACGAAAAAGGUCCAGAUUGUAA